AUGCGUCCAGUAGGAGUACCUGCAGCAGCCAUUCCUGGCUUGCUAUUAUUGCUGUUUACAACAUGUGCUUCAGCAUCGACCGCAAUUCUUGGUAUGGACUUCGGCCAAGAGUACAUCAAAGCUGCGCUUGUCAAGCCUGGAAUUCCUCUUGAGAUUGUUCUCACCAAAGACACAAAGCGCAAGGAAGCUUCAGCAAUUGGUUUCAAGCCUUCAAACGCUCCCGUAAAAGAGGGCGAGUUUGCCUACCCGGAGCGACUCUACGGAACAGAUGCCGUGAACCUUGCGGCGCGAUUUCCUCAUGACGUCUAUCCCAACCUCAAACAACUCCUUGGGCAACACAUAAUGGAGGACGAGGUCAUGACAUACUCCUCGAGAUACCCAGCGGUCAACAUCAUUCCGAGUUCGUUCAGGUCAACUGUCGCUUUCAAGACUUCCUCUGCCCCCCCGGUCGACUAUGGUGAAGGUAGCUUUAUGGUGGAAGAGCUCCUUGCUAUGGAGUUUAAGAACAUUGUCUCAAAUGCCGAAGCUCUAGCAGGUCCUGGGACCAAGAUUAAGAACGUGGUUUUCACUAUUCCAGCAUUUUUCCGUGCGGAAGAGAAGCAUGCCAUCGAGCUUGCAGCUAAGCUCGCGGGAUUGAAGGUCAUGAGUUUCGUUUCGGACGGCCUAGCUGUUGGCAUCAAUUAUGCCACCACACGAACCUUUGACGAGAAGAACCCCGAGUACCACAUUAUUUACGAUAUGGGGGCUGGAUCGACCACUGCUACCGUGUUGAGGUUCCAAGGGAAAACCGUCAAAGAUGUUGGGAGAUUUACCAAGACAGUUCAGGAAGUUUCUGUUCUGGGGGUUGGUUAUGAUAGAAACCUUGGAGGAGAUAUCUUUAACCAAAAGAUCUUUGACGUUCUCCUUGAUGAUUUCACUUCAAGCCCCAAGGCGAAGAAGCUGCUCGAGGAAAACCCUAAGCUUAAGGAGGAUGUUAAGCGCAACGGCCGUGCCGCAGCCAAACUUUGGAGGGAAGCCACUAGAGUGCGACAGAUCCUCUCUGCAAAUACAGAAACCGUGGGCUCGGUCGAAUCGCUGUUUAACGAGAUUGAUUUCCGAUCAAACAAAGUCCUGCGGUCUACUUUCGAGGAGUUACUAGCUGAGUACGAGGACCGUAUUACAAAGCCAAUCAUGGACGCCAUAUCAAAUUCUGGAAUCUCCUUGGAUCAAGUCAACACCUUGAUCCUUCACGGAGGUGCCGUAAGAACUCCAUUUGUUGGGAAGAAAUUGGAGGAAAUUAUGGGAGGUCACGCCAAGAUUUCGAAGAAUGUUAAUCCUGACGAGGCCGCCGUUUUCGGAGCUACCUUCAAGGGUGCCGCAGAGAGCGGUGGGUUUAGGGUUAAAGAGAUAAGGACUCACGAUAUUAGUGCAUAUGCUGUGUCGCUCAAGUACAAAAAAGAUGGUGACUCGGCUAAAGAAACAACCCAACAAAUCUUCCCUUACUUUGCCAAAAUGGGCCAGGAAAAAAUCGUCCCUUUCCCCAAGCAAACGGAUUUCGAUUUCUCUGUUUUGUUUAACCUCCCGCCCCGCCCACAGGACCCGAAGCAGAGGCCUGGGCACGAGCUCCUUGAUGUUGUAAAAGUUCAAAAUCUCACCGCCUCAGUUCAAAAAUUGAGCGAUGAUUUUGGUUGUGAAGCAAAGGAUAUUUUCACAAAGUUUAGUAUGGAGAUCAGUGAGAGGAAUGGACUUCCUAAGAUUACUAAGGGCUGGGUCGAGUGUACCGUAGAGACUGUCGAGGAACCGCCCAAGAAGGAAGGCAUGGUUGAAGGUGUCAAGGGGUUUUUUGGGCUUGGCAAGAAGAAGGACGGGGAGCAAGAAGUCCUAGAGGAGGCUGAUAAGACGGAUUCAAAAUCGGCAUCAUCAAAAACCGCCUCUUCCGGAAAGAGCUCUGCUUCCGCAGAGACCUCUACUAAAGAGGAAGAUUUGACACCGAAGAUCGUCAAGAAGUUGCAGACAAUUCCUCUGAGUUACACUGUGGAGAAGGAUGGAUUUCCUGAAAUUCCAGAGAAGGACAAGGAAGCAUUAAUUUCAAAGAUUCAGGGAUUUGACAAAUUCGAUAAGAAUCGCCAUGAUAUCGAGGAAGCCCGCAAUGUACUUGAGGCAUUCACCUACCGUGGCCGUGAUUAUCUUGAGGAUGGGCUUUUUGUUGCUGCUUCAACUGCCGAAGAGCGCGAGAAAUUAGAGGCCCUUCUCUCACAGACCACGGAUUGGCUAUACGACGAAGGCUACACCGCCGAUCUUGCUGCCAUCAAACAGAAAUUGGCUGACCUCAAGGCCCUUGUGGAACCCAUUACAAACCGUAAGACUGAGAAGCAGAAACGACCAGAGGAGAUCAAGGCUCUUGAGGACGCCAUUGAGCAAACGGAAGGACUCAUAGAGCUCUUCAACAAUAAGCCACCCACGCCUGAUUCUGAACUAGAGGAUGCUGAGGUACCUCAAGUUCCUGAAAUCGACACAAAGGCUCUGGAGAAGGCACAGGAGGAGACUAAAGCUUGGCUCGAGAAGGUGAAGGCAGAUCAGGAUGUCAAGGCUGACUACGAAGAUCCUGUCUUCACUGUUAAAGAGCUCCAAAAGAAGAAAGAGGCCCUGAAUAAGCACGUCAUGGAUGUUUUGCAGCAGCAAAAGAUCAUGGAGAGAAUCCAGAAAGCUGAGGCAAAGGCCGCUGCUUCGUCGUCCUCUUCAGCUUCUGCAGCGUCUGCGUCAUCGGCUUCAGCUUCGGCAGCAUCAGCGUCGAGUGCGGCAGAGGCGGAAGCAACACCAAACGUGCUGGAAGAGAUUGUUUAG